AUGGUCAUGUCAAAAGAAAACUCAUCUAGCUUAUCACUGAAGGAAGAUGUUGUGGAAGCAUCUUCGAGUAAUGUUCAAGAAGAUUCAUCUCGCGCACAUCCACUUCGUUAUGUAAAAUGGAUAUACCUGUUGGAUGCAUUUGGGGUCGAAACAAGAGGAAUAGAAAGAGUUUCGCCAGAGGAAAGGGAUCAACUUGCAUCAUCUUCAUCCCCUUACAUCCAACUAUUGCAAGUUGUGGGAUUAUGGUACGCUGCUUGUGGUGGACUUACUUCAAUGUCGUCAUUCUUCUUACCUACAUUAUUAUUCGGCUUAACUCUUAAGGAUUCAAUGGUUAGUGGGUUGAUUUCUAUGAUUAUUGGAUGUUUAGUUCCUGCUUAUUGCUCCACAAUGGGUCCCAAAUCUGGUUGCAGACAAAUGGUGACCGCUAGGUUUUUAUUUGGACAAUGGGGAGUUAAAAUUGUAGCAUUAAUUGCCAUUGUUGGCGGUAUUGGAUGGUCGGUUGUAAAUUGUGUGCUAGGAGGUCAAAUGUUGGUUGCCAUUAAUAAGUCAGUCAGUUUAUCUGUCGGUAUUGUUGUAAUUGCAGUGAUUAGUUUAAUCGUUGCAGUUUUUGGAAUAAAAGUAUUGCUCAAGUUCCAAACAAUAUUAUCCAUUCCCAUUUUCGUUGCUUGUAUUUUGUUCUAUGUCGUUGUUUGCAAAAAAAUCGGUUAUAUUGGUAAAGCAAAUGAAAUGGUCCGGGAAAUGAAUACGUCCACCUUGACUUAUAAUGGCAACUGGGUGUCAUUUUUUACGCUUGGGUACUCGGUAACCGCAACUUGGGGCAGCGGAGCAUCAGACUAUUACAUUUUAUUUCCAGAGAAAACAUCGUCAACUAAAGUUUUCUUGAUAACGUUUUUGGGAAUUGCUCUACCAACGACUUUUGUUGCUGUUUCCGGAACGUUAUGUGGGUCAAUUGCCUUAUCUUACCAACCCUGGAACGACGCAUACAACAACCUUGGCGUUGGCGGUCUCAUUGUCGAGACGUUUUCGCCAUGGGGUGCAUUUGGUAAGUUUGUUAGUGUUUUACUAUACUUGUCCUUAAUUUGCAAUAACAUCAUGAACACUUACUCAAUAGCAUUUGAGUUUCAGUUGAUUGACAAAUUGCUCGUUUUCGUUCCCAGAUGGCUUUGGGCAACGGUUACUACAGCGAUAUACAUUGUGUUAUCCCUUGUUGGAAAGGAACAUUUUCUGACCAUCUUGAGUAAUUUCUUACCCAUGUUGGGUUAUUGGAUUUCAAUGUACAUAGUCUUGCUUCUUGAAGAAAACUUGAUGUUCAGAUCAACCAUCAAGGUGAAAAAAUUGCAUGCAAAGGAAUUUGAGAGUAAAGGAGGAAAAGAGAAAGAAGAGGAAACAAAAGAAGAAGAGGAUGACGAUGACGAUGAUGAAUGUGAACAGAGCCUGAAAUUUGAGCAGUUAUAUAAUUGGAAUAACUGGAAUCGUCCGAAAAAUAGAACAUUGGGUAUCGCAGCCUGUGUCGCGUUUUGUUGUGGAGUCGCUGGUGCCGUUGUGGGGAUGAAUCAAGUUUAUUAUAGAGGGCCUUUGGCAGAUAAGAUCGGAGCAAAUGGUGGCGAUAUUGGCAUGUUCUUGGCUUUUGGAUUUACCGGCAUCACUUACCCUAUUUUAAGAUACCUUGAGUUGAAAAGGUUCAAACGAUAA